AGACUUCUGAGCUACCAAACAGCCUUUGUGCGUUAUUUCUACUCUGCGCGCCGAUCUUCAACACCAACAUGGCGGACAAGGCUGUUACGAUCCGUACUAGGAAGUUUAUGACGAAUAGGCUUCUCUCCAGAAAGCAAUUCGUCAUUGAUGUUCUUCAUCCAGGAAGACCCAAUGUUUCCAAGGCAGAGCUGAAGGAGAAGUUGUCAAGAAUGUACGAAGUGAAAGACCCAAACUCGAUCUUUGUUUUCAAGUUCAGGACUCACUUUGGAGGUGGAAAAUCAACUGGUUUUGGUUUGAUUUAUGAUUCUGUCGAGAAUGCAAAGAAAUAUGAACCCAAGUACAGGCUCAUCAGGAAUGGACUUGAUACUAAGGUAGAGAAGUCGAGGAAGCAAAUGAAGGAGAGGAAGAAUAGAGCCAAGAAGAUCCGUGGAGUAAAGAAGGCAAAGGCUUCAGAUGCUGCAAAGGCCGGAAAGAAGAAAUGAGUUUUCCAGGAGUCUUCUGCUGUUUUACAACAAUGAUUUUCUCUAAUAGCCAUAUUUUCUUGUUAGGUACUUUGAAAGUAAAAUCGUUUGGUGUUAAUGUUAAUUUUCUUUUUUUUUUA